GAACGCAUCCCCCACAUGAUUCCCUUCCUUCUCCUUAUCCAUUCCUCACCACCAACCGCGCCCACCGCUCAGUGCAGAGGGUGAGGCGGAGGCAAACCGCACGCAGCACGCCGACGCGAAGCACCAGGCCGCCGUGCUCCGGAUCCUCGCCGACCGGCUCGAGCUGCCGUCGUGGGCGGAGGUGGAGGCGGAGGCCGAGGACCGCGGCGGUUGCGAACAACAUUUAUAUGCACGGAGGAGGAAGGUGCGCGUGUGGCUGCUACUGGGCUUCGAGCUCUGCCUCCACCGCCGCGGAGCGAGGAUGGGAACGGCGGGUGCGCGCGUGGCUGGGCUCCCCGGCGCGGCUCAGCCUCCGCGACGAGGCGGAUGGCGGGGGAUGCUGGAGGUGCGUAGCGGCAGGGAGCGUCGCUGGCGUGCGAGAUUUGAUGCGCAUGAAGGGCUGUAGCUGGGAGCGGCAGCAGCGGCGACUGCCCCUCCGGCCGAGCUGUUCAACGCCGCAGCGGGGGCCUACCUCGGCGCCGUCUUCAGCAGCGUCGAGAUGGGACUGGUGGUGGUCGUUCCCAUCACCAGUUAUGGGCAACAUGCGGGCAACAUGCCGGAGACGACUAUCUACCGGCGGAUGGACCAGUACACGACGACGCGGACGGUGCCCGGCGUGCUCGUGCUGCGCGCGGACUCGCCCAUCUACUUCACCAACUCCGGUAUCAUGCGGGAGAGGAUCACCUGGUGGAUUGACGACGCGACGACGACGACGAACGGAAUAGUGCCAAGGGCAAGACCGGCGUGCAGUACAUCAUCCUCGACAGGGUGCAGCCAUCAGCAGCAUCGUCAGGAGGGGCAUGCUGGACGAGCUCAAGAAGACCCUGGACAGGAGGAGCAUUCAGUCGCUGUGAUGCUCAUCGCCGCCUACGCCGUCGUCCUCCCGCUCCGCAUCACCGCCGAGGACGCGUCCCUGGGCCGCCUCGCCCUCGCCGGGCCCAACGGCACCGCGCUGGCGUACAACCUCUCCCUCACCGUCGGCCUUUUCAACCCCAACUGGGCCAUGCGCGCCGAGCUCACCGCGCCGCUGGAGUCGGAGCUCAGCUUCGCCGGCGUUCGUUUUGACGGCGCGCGGCUGUCCGACGCGGGACGGAGGAUCGAGAUCCACGAGACCACCAGGUUCCACGUGGAGGCGGGGGCUCAGAGCGCGGAUGCGGCGCUCGGGAGCGCCGUGCUGGCGGAGCUGGUGAAGGAGACCGUGGCGGGCCAGUUCGAGUCGCUGGAGCUGAAGAUCACCGGAAGGCUCAGGUACAGGCCGGUGCACGCCGGCGGGACCAGGAGGCUGGAGGCCAGGUGCCCUCUGAAGCUGCGCCUGGCGCCGCCGGAGGGCACGCACAUGCUUGUGCUGGACAGGGUGAUCAAGUGCCACCGGCUUUAGGUCUAUAGCAGAUUGUGAUUAAUUCGCUAGGGUUUCGUCCUGGCAUAUGAUGAUCGAGUACUAUGCUAGCAGUACAUGAGUGCUUCUGUUUCCUAGUUCUAGUGCCUAUGUUGCUCUUGUGAACAGAUAAGAGAUGGACAUGUCGUGUGAUGUGUAGUUAUCUUCUGUUUGCUAGUAAUCUUGCCUGGUAAUCUUGAUUCAAUGCUGUACGCUCUGAUGAAGAAGGCUUUCCUUUGAUUCUAUGUAACCACAUAUAUUUCACUGUC